AUGGGGCAGGGGUCGUGGUUCCUGGCCCUGGCGGCAGGGGAGGGGGAGCAACACCCCGGCCCCAAGCUCCGUUCAAUUCCACCCCUGCUAGAGAGUGGUCGCUCUGUAGACGACACGGAUUGGAAGGGUUGGAAGGGUUGGAAGGGUCUGGGAGCUUUUUUCCCUCUCGAGUGGAUUCGCAAAGUCGCAUGGAGGAGCCACAGCGGGGCGGCCGAGGCAUCGACCUCUCGGCUGGUCGCGGGCAGGUCAGAGGAGAGGCCAUCUACGGCCAGCUAUUGGGAGCUUGGCGAGGUACGAUACAGGCACUACAGUCACUUGUGUGCUCUCCCACCCCUGAAUCGGGCACACAUCCUGUCGGUGCCCGGAGACGUUGGCGGCAGCAAGCUGAGCACAUGGCAUGUCUGGAUGCAAGGCCUGGACGGUGCCAUGUGUCUCCACGUCAGGAUUGCACACAUGCACGACCCAUCGGAGGAGAGGAGGGGGAGGGAGAGAGAGAGAGACAGAGACAGACAUGCAUACAUCUUUGCAGACCAGGCAGGGGGUGGUGUCCUGGCGGGAAACGAACGAAUCAGAGCUCGCGAGGCCCGUGCGGCAAGGCCCCAGGAAGGGGCGGCGGGCGGCGGCGGCGAUGGUGGUGGUGGUGGUCGUCGUCGUUGUGGGAAGCGUGAGCAGCAGCGAAAAGUCGUGGGCUUCUUCAGCCCAGGUCCAAAGAAAAACGGUCCCCCAUCAAAUCCUCAACAGGAUGGACCCGGGGCAGUGGCAGUGGCAGUCAGCGUGUAUCAGAGAAAGACCAAUCCGUUCCACAGCUGGCAGGCCGGGCUGUCCUGA